AUGAUCGCCAUUGGCAUGGAGGGCUCCGCCAACAAGAUUGGUAUAGGCAUUAUGUCACAUCCCAAAGAUGGCAGCCCACCACAAGUCCUCGCGAACAUUCGACACACCUAUGUUUCCCCACCUGGAGAAGGCUUUUUGCCCAAAGAUGUGGCCCGUCACCACCGGACAUGGGUUGUCAACCUGGUGAAAGGAGCCCUCAAGGAGGCCCGAGUGUCGGUCGAGGAGGUCGACUGUAUCUGCUUCACCCAAGGACCUGGAAUGGGUGCCCCGCUACAAGCUGUCGCAAUUGCGGCGCGCAUGCUGAGUCUUCUUUGGGGCAAGGCAUUGAUCGGUGUGAAUCACUGUGUAGGGCACAUUGAAAUGGGCCGUCUGAUUACCGGCGCAACCAACCCCGUCGUCCUAUACGUCUCUGGCGGCAAUACACAAGUCAUCGCAUACAGCUCUCAACGGUACCGAAUUUUCGGCGAAACUCUUGAUAUCGCUGUUGGAAACUGUUUGGACCGAUUCGCGCGCACAUUACACAUAUCCAAUGAUCCGUUCCCAGGUUAUAAUAUCGAGCAACUUGCCAAGCAAGGCAGGCAACUAGUGGACCUUCCAUACGUGGUGAAGGGCAUGGAUGUCUCAUUUUCAGGAAUUUUGGCGGCCAUCGAUAGCUUGGCUGCGACGUUGGGGUUAGGAGGGGAAGAACGGGCGAGAGAAGAUGCCGAGAAGGCCUCAAACGUGGAGCAGCAGACAAGCCAAAACCAAGGCUCCGACUCCGACUCCGGCUCCGACAACAAACCUACUCGUGCGGAUCUGUGUUUCUCGCUUCAGGAAACUGUUUACGCUAUGCUUGUUGAGAUCACCGAGCUUCUUAUCGUUGGUGGUGUGGGCUCCAACGAACGACUACAAGAGAUGAUGGGAAUUAUGGCGCGGGAUCGUGGUGGUAGCGUUUACGCCACGGAUGAACGCUUUUGUAUCGAUAAUGGAAUCAUGAUCGCGCAAGCUGGAAUGUUGGCUUAUCAGUCUGGCUUCCGGACUGCUCUGAAGGACUCUUCUUGCACACAACGAUUCAGAACAGAUGAAGUGCAUGUCAAGUGGCGGGAGGAUUGA